AUGCUUACUCCCAAUACUAAAAAUAAAAUGGAAUCGUGUACGUGACUGCACAUUACUCGUAUCGGGAUUUACUGUUGACAAAAUUUAACUUUAAACCCGUGAUACGUAUAUAAACAAAAAUGCCUCUAUUUUCAAACAAGUUUUCUCCGAAAAAAACGCCUACAAGGAAGGCUGGAGUUUUUUUGGUAAACAAAGAUUUAAGUCCACAGCGUAUUGAAAAAGAACUGGGCCCAAAUGUGGGUCCUAUACGUUUGAAAUUAGGAGAUCAGGAAGCGAUCUUUGAGUCUGGUUUGUGGAUUCCAGAAUCUGGCAAGGUUGGUGGAACCUACAAAGAGAAUGAGAAACUCAAGAAGGAAGUAAAAAGAUUAGAAGAAGAAAAUAAUUUAUUAAAGUUAAAAUUUGAUAUACUUCUCGAUAUGUUGACACAGACAACAGCAGAAUUUAAUUCACAAAGGGAAGAAUUGGAUAGACUACAAAGAAAUUCUUUGUAUCGCAAAGGUUUUGAAUCUUGA